AAUUAACAUUAAGAGCAUUGGCUGGCGACCAGUCCAGAGUCUACCCCGCCUCUCGAACCAAGUCAGCUGGGAUAGGCUCCAGCAUACCCUGGACCCUAAUGAGGAUAAGAGAGGAAAACAGAUGGAUGGAUGUUCUCACUGGACCUCAAGCAACGGGGAUUCUGUGCCUCAGAGUUGAAAGAAAACAUCCCGGAUGUAACUGCAAGCUCAUCUCACAUGUUUCCUCCUCCUAACUUCAGCCGUGAAGGCUUCUUCUUCCGCUGAUGCUUGUAAAGCAACACCGUUGGGGGAGCCUCACCUCUGUGAGGAAAGUGGGAAAUAGUACCUAACGACAUUUUUUCACCUUUUUACCGUAAUACCUCGAGCGGGAACGACACCCAUCGCCGUUAUGUCGAACAUCGGGGAAAGUUUUUCGUCUCCUUCAUGGAAGAUGUUCUUGAGACAAACCGCUAUCUCCUCUGCCUGGCUGACCAUGGAGGCAUAGGGGCUUAGAGCGACACGAUGUUCACGGGGGAGUUCAUUGAGCUCCGUGACCUGACCCCAAGCGGGGAUCACAUCCGGCUGACGGGUGCACACUCGCCAUGCUCGCCUCCACGUCUGGAGAGAGCCAACGCCCUGAGGAUCAGCCCGGGCAAGGUCCCGGAUCUGCUGAGCCGGGUUGGCAUCAUCCGGAUCCUGAGCAGUUCCGAGCUGGACCACCACCUGGUGGAGGAGACGGGAGAAGGUCACGACUUUCAACCCUGCAGCCACGCUCAGCCCACCUGGUGUGACCUGUGUGGGGACUUCAUCUGGGGUCUCUACAAGCAGAGCCUGCGCUGUGCCAAUUGCAGGUUCACAUGUCACUACCGCUGUCGUCCCCUCAUCCGCUUAGACUGCAAUUGGGACCGAGGCUCAUCUAUCGACCAUCCGUGUGUAGUGGAGCAUACCAUAGAAACCGACACAAAUGUGGAUGAAGCGACUGAGUACAGCAAGCAGGAAUUGAGCAGUGCAGACAUUCAGAAGCAGGUGAAGGACUACAACUCCCAGAUCAACAGCAACCUGUUCAUGCAUAUGAACAAGGAUGGCUCCUACAUCGGCUUCAUUAAAGUGCAGUUCAAGCUGGUGCGGCCCGUGUCUGUCGCGCCGUCCCCAAAGAAGGCAUCGGGCGGAAGGAAGCGUAGCGGAGUGAAGCGCCGCACCUCCUUCUACUUGCCCAAGGACACGUCUAAGCACCUACACAUCAGUGCUCAUACGUCCGCCCGCGAAGUCAUCGAGGCCCUGCUGAAGAAGUUCACCGUCAUGGACAAUCCUGCAAAGUUUGCUCUGUUCGAGCGCCGUGAGCGUCACGAGCAAGUUUACAUUCGAAAGAUGUCUGAUAACGAGCGGCCCCUCCCUCUGAGACUGAGUGCUGGACCCAGCGAGAAACUUCUCAGCUUCGUGCUCAAGGAGAACGAAACCGGAGAGGUCAACUGGUACGCCUUCUCCACGCCGGAACUCAGCAACUUCCUGCGUAUCCUCCAGCGCGAGGAAGAGGAGCACGUCAAGCAGAUCAUACAGAAAUACGCUGUGGCUCGAGCCAAGAUGCAGGAGGCCCUGCAAGGCUCCACGCCGGGAUGAUGAGCUUCUAAGGCUGGACUGUCACCUUUUUAAGUUUUGAGAAGCGGCAGUCGCGGAUGCAUGUGAAGUCCUCAGAGAAUCAAAGCACCUCUUGGGUGAACGAGUGUGAAAGGGGCGCGAGAGAGACGAUGAACGCGAGCGAGAGCUUGCGGGGAUGUGCGUGUGAAGUGAUGCGAGACAUGAGCAGUGCCUUCCACCUGGAGCGUCUGAUGUGCCUGAGAGAAUGAGUUGAGAGGAAGGAGGAGCGUGGCGGAACAAACGGCGGAUAACGAUGUCCGCCGUAUGGUGCCACCUGGUGAUCCCGUUUGCAGCUCACCGUGGAUCAUUGAAAUGUCCACAAAGCUGAAACGUGUGUUCACUGGAAGCAUUUGCCACGUCCUCGGUGCAACUCUUUGUUAGUUUUGUAUUUUUCACUGUCAAUUUAUGCACUUGUUACGCACUUCUGAAUGUCAGAGAGCAGCACAGUGUCAAAAUCACACAGGUUGACUGUGAUUGUGAAUGAUAUUUGUUUGUUUAUAUUUCACUUUCUGUCCUUUUCUGUGUUGACUCUUAUGUCUGUCUUUAUACGUGUAUGUGCACAGGGCCAAUAAUCAGUUCUGCUGGUAAAUAGUCCAUUAUUUUUAUAAUAUAAUAACUAAUAUAAAUCAUUAUACAUAUUGUUGUGGCUGGCAGCACUGGUCUAAAUUGAUGCCAUUUAACACUUUCAAAUGUGCACUGCUUUCAAUAAAGUC